GUUCCAUAGACGAGCACAUUUAUGCAGAUCUCCAGAAAUCUCCAAAGGGUUUACACACACUCUCUAGUCCCAUUGUAUGUCAACACAACAGGCAGAAUGGAAUCCGUUCCAAUCAUCUUUAAUACAUGAAUAUUCUACUAAUCUAGGAUCAUCAUAAUUUUGUGAAUUUUCAUCUUGGAUUAAGUUUAAUCAAUUUUUCCACAGAAUGUCAAGACGUGACGUCUAAAGGCUCUAUUAAUGAACUCCAUCCUUUCAACCAGUUAUCCUUCAAUUCCUCUAUCCCGUAAUUGAUUCCAUAAUGAGUGAAGACGCAGAUCAUCACAGGAAAGGGAGCAGAAGUUCCAAACCCAAAACUACGCCCUCAAAAUCCAGCACCCAGCCGCAAAACAGAAAGCCACAAAGGAAACAGCACAGAGACAGAGGCCUCCCGGCUCCAAGGAGCCGCAGCAGUGACUCUGAACACCUGGGGAGAAGCAGGGGAAGACGGAGAGAGAAUGGAAAAGAGAGGAGAGAGCGUGGGAGAAGUGAGGAAGCACGUAGGCGAGACAGAGAAAAUGUCACCAACAAUGGCAAUCAGAAUCAGUCACCAGUGUCCCCUAAUGAUGAUUUGGGAGACAUAGAGUGCCCUGUGUGUUUCUGUGCUUAUGACAAUGUCUUCAAAACUCCCAAGCUGCUAUCCUGUGGCCAUACAUUCUGCCUGGAGUGUCUCGCUCGAAUCAACGUCACGUCUUCAGAACUGAAGCAGCUCUCCUGCCCCGUAUGCCGUGAGGUCACCCGGCUGCCACACGGCCGUGAUCUUCCGCAGCUGGGCAACGACAGGGAUGUGUUCUCGAAGCUUCCACCGGAGAUGCAGAGAGCUCUGUCGGUGCGCUUCAAACGCAGUAAGGGCAAGCUGGAGCUGAAAAGCAAAUCAACACAACAAAAUCCAGCCAAAACUGGCAUGACUUUGCCCCCAGUGAAGAAGCCAGAGACAGCCGGUCACAGGCACUCUCUGGGCUUGGUGGAGGCAGGUGUCACAGAUCCCGUCACCAGUGUCGACGUGGGCCGGCCCCCCAACAGAAUGCAUAGUCACAUGCGACGCGCCUUCCGUUCCAAUCAGUGCUACUACGCAGCCGUGGCAGCCAUCAUUGCUGUUACUGUGGCACUGAUGCUAGUGGGCGUGCUCAUCUUUGUAGUGAUCCCUCGAGUGACCCAUACCCAUGGAGGGGGGCGGCCUACGACCGGAAACGGUACACGUCCCCCCCCUGGCAACCUAGGUCCAGGCUGAACCCCCUGAGGAUCAGUGGUUUUGAUGAAGACUACAGUAACUGACAGACAACAAUACUAUAUGUUGAACUUUGGUCAGAAUACUUCCUCAAAGCUGUCAGUCUGAACAUUGCCAAAAUACAUGUAUAAAGGAUGAGAGCGGUUAUACCUUUUUCCUUAUCAUUCUAGUUUCCUUAUUCUUAAAAUCCAUGCAAAGCUUGUGAAGCACACACAUAUCUGCACAGGCCAUCACAGAGAUAUUAUUCUUAUAAGAUAACUACAUUUAUUUAAUGCUGAGUUAUAAUCCUUGACAUUUUUUUUUGUGUUGGUGGAAGUACAAUGAACAAUGAAAUCAAAAGAUGUACAGGUUA